AUGCACGGGGACUGGGGCAUCGAAGAGGACAUCUAUCUCGCAACCCUGCGGCUUGGGACGGACAUCUUGUGGCAUGAGAUGGUACGCGACUUUGACCGCAGAUUUGGAUACGCAACCGCCAAAGACAUGGAAUCAAGAUACAAUAAGAACCUAAAGCCAGGCAAAAACGUCCAUCUAGACCAAAAAGGUGUAUCAGACGUCAUCGACGAUUACCGCCACUACGGACCAAAACCUUCACCAAGCCCCUUUGAAGCAGAAGUCAUUGCAAAGGCAUUGAGUAUCUUGGCCGAAUACCCUAAUCGCCGCUUGUGGUAA